UGACAGAUUGAUGACAAGGAAAUGUAUCACUGACACAAACAAUUAUUUACAAAUAUUUAAGUACCUGUAGAUGAUUUAUUGCCAAACUUUUAUAGCAAUGGUUAAAUUGUGUUUUUUGUGUGACCGGAAACCAUCAAAAGCUGAUAAAAUUUCAUUCCACAAAUUUCCGAGAGAUGAGGUUGUGAGACAAAAAUGGUUGGAUGUUUGCGGACUGACACCUGAAGAUGAUGUUUCACGCAUCUGUAUCUGCUCCACACACUUUACAGCAUCUGAUAUGAUCAGUUGUUCAUCUGGUAUUAAAAAAUCAUUCCUCAAAUCUGGUGCCGUGCCAACAAAAUUACUGUCAAAUCCUCUGGUGAUAAAAGAAGCUGAUGAUGCAUCGAAACUAUCAAAGAGAAGAUCAGAAGAUGAUCCUCCUGUUGACAUCAUGCUGCAGUCUUCAGUCGAAGAACUUAUUGAUGAGCUUAUAAAUGAAAUUGAAGAUUUAGAUGAUGAUAGCACUGAUACUCCGAAGAAACAACGAAUAUUUUAUCGACCUCGUUAUAUAUCUGAAAUCACUCUGGAAGAUUUUUCAACUCCGCGUAAAGCUGAACGAGUACUUAAAUUAAUAAAAGCAACAGAUCUUAGAAAAUCGAAACAAAUAAAAAGCUUGCAGGACCAACGAAGACAACUUCAUCUGCGUAUCAAAUCUUUGAAAGAUUUAAUUUCUCACUUACAGAGCAGGAAUUCAACUCAAGAAAGUGAAGUUUAAAUCGAAUUUUCUUCACUAGGUACUUAAAUUAUGCGCACAUGAACAAAGACUGGUUAUCAUUUCGUUUUUUUCUACUAAAUAUGUUAGUCUAUACUUUUGGUUACGGUAAUAACAUUUGUCGCUCAUAUUUUUUUAAAGACUGAUAUUGUGUGAAGGAAUGAAACGAAACGAUUUAGACUUGGGUGAAGGCUGACAUCACCCACAGUGAAAUCCUGUUUCAUCCUGAGUUACACACUAGAUUUUUCAUGAUUACCUGCAUUGGAAUUUAAAGUUUCAGUGUCAGCAGUCAGUCAGAAACAAGUUUAUUUAAGACCAGUGGUGUCAUCAACUAUUAAAUUGUCAUUUGCAAUUUAUAAUUAAGCAGAAACUAUAAAUACUAUACUAUUUAUUCACACUAAUUUUUAUAAACCAAUCACAGUCAGAACUGUCAGUUAUGUAAAUAAAAUUAAUGGUCUGAAAUUACUGAAAAAAAUGACAAGUAUCAGAGUUUAAAUUGCAAAGCCUUCAGUCAACGGGCAGAAAAAUUAGUUUGUUCCUAAGGGACGAAACGAUUUUUCACCCUGAUUAAGAAAAUGAUUUAACCCAUGCUAAGUGUAUGUCUAUAUAUUAGUUGAUUCAAAUUGUUUUUAAUCAUUUCAAAUAAUUUUUACUAAUCAGGGUUGCCCACUGACUACAGGCAGUCACAGUUUACCCGCUUGUUGAUAUUAAUUCGCGACUGUGGACUUAAAUGUUAAGUUUCGAUUCUAUUCAAAUCUUACAUUUUUGAAAGUACAUUUCAUUUAAAAAAAGUCAGCAAUAUUAAACUUUUCAUUGAAAUUUAUUAAUUAUACAACUAUUCAAGUAUUUAAAAAAAAGAACUUGAGUUACAACAAGCUUAAGAAAUUAAUAUUUUCUACAUGAUCAUUAAUAUGAAAGCACGAUAUAUAUUUAAUACUACAAGAGCUUAUGAAAAGAUAAAAAAUCUCAUGACAAUCAUGAUCACAUUUUUUACCUGAUUAAUAUUUUUUAUUUAAACCUCAGUAAUUAUACUGUUCAUACAUACUAUCAACAUACUUUUUCUAUUUGUCAGCAAAUCGUAUUACGAAGUACCAGAGUAAUUCGCACAGUAAUUUAGUUUUAGUGACUUCUAGUCAGUAGGAUUUAGUCUUACGGCAAAACGACCAAACAUUUACUCAGUAUUUAUAAAAAUUUUUUUAAAUAUUAGAGUAAUAAAUAUACGAUAAUUUAUUAAUAGUAAAGUUCUUUAGUAUAGAAUAAAUUAAAUUUUAAAUUAUACAUGUAAUUU